AACCUGAAGCGGUCUACUUAGCCACUUCGCACCAAUACCAAUAGACGCAGUAUAAUUCUCUUGAUAACUGGCGAUUUUCGGAGUUCUUAGAAACACGUAUGUCAUCGAGAGAAGUCUAACUGACUGACGUUCGGCGUAACGUUCUGAUCAUCUUUUGUAUUUUGACGUAAGAAAACCAUGUCAUUGAACACGGCACACGCAAACGGCGGAGUUCUUCUUCACGCUGGUGAAUGCAUCAUACUAUUUUGUGACAAUGUCACCAUGGAAUUUCAUGGUCAAGAACAAGCUGAAUUUUAUGGAAAAAAAGAAGGCAGAUUGUACUUGACUACUCACAGAAUGAUCUUUAAUGCUAAAGAUCGGAAAGAGAAAAUGCAAUCAUUCAGCUUUCCAUUUGUCACAUUGAGCGGAAUUGAACUAGAACAGCCAGUGUUUGGCGCUAAUUAUAUAUCAGGCAAAUGCCGCGCCCAACCAAAUGGUAACUGGAUUGGAGAAUGCAAAUUCAAAUUGCGAUUUAAGAGUGGCGGAGCAGUGGAUUAUGCACAAGCUUUGCUAAGAGCUGCAUCAAUGGCUCAACGUAAUGGUCCACAGGAUGAUGCACCACCACCAUAUGUACCUCCAAUGUCUGAAUGGUAUCCAGCACAACCUUCAGCUUACAGGCCUUCACCAAAUGGAUAUUAUGGAUGGAUGCCUCCGACUAAUGUGUUUCCAGAUGUUCCACCAGGAAAUACGGUCUUCAUGACAGAUAGUCCGCCACCGUAUCCCGGUAUACAGCCGGGAUACGGAUACGCGAGCGGACCACCCCAUCAAGGCGUCGCAGGUGCAACAGGACAGCCAGCUGUUCCCGGAUGGGCCAAUCCCAAUUACAACGGUCAGCCGAUGUCUAGAGAAGGUGCGUAUCCCAGCGGUUAUGGGCAACCACCUUAUAGUGGGUAUGGACAACCGCCUUAUAGCGGUUAUCCGUCUAAUCCGCCACCAUACUCGCCGUAUCCGCAAAGUGGCUAUGCACCACCCCCUGGAUCUUAUCAACAGCCAGCACCCUACAACCCGUAUCCACCUCAAUACUAAAUUGUAACGAAUGUACAGAUUAUAUCUAAUUAUGUGACUGUGUAAAUUAAGUUGUCAAAUUAUGAGUUAUGAAAAGUAUGAUAUUUAACGCUUCAAGAUAUGUUGUCACACGUAAUGAUGUUACUUUGUGUAUGAGUAUAUGCAUAAUAACAUUUAGGAGAAAAGCAACAAUAGUUUAAAUACCACUUGGGAACAAAAAAGAAAGUAAACUGCAAAAUAAGUAUCUUAACAUGUUCCGUGCCGUAUCUUAACAUAAUUUUCCAUUCACGUCAUUAAAUGCUUUAUGUUGUUCACAUAAUUUAUAUUGUAUUUAUAGUGUGUUACACAACUUAUGAAUGUAUAAUAAAUUUAUUCUAUGUGUGAUAAUUAUACGUAUUAAUAUAUGAUGUAAGACUUUAAUGAUGGAAAUUGCAAACGGAGGGGCCUGAAUGGAAAAUUUAUUUUUAUGACACAGAAUAUGUUACAUAUCUAUAAUAAAAUAUAUAUAGCUUUAUGUGUAUAAUUUUCCUUUGGAAUGCAAAUAAUACAAAAAAUUACAUGUUACUAUCAUGAGAU